AUGGCAGAGCGGCAUCUUCCACCAUCCCCUGCACCUCUGCCAUCCCGUCCUCCACCCUGGUCCUCCGUUCCAAACCUAUCUGUUUUCAAGUCCGCUUGCACCCGGUCUGACCCUCCUACUGUACGACUUGUAGAGGCACUAGCAUGCCUGGAGGAAGCCUAUCGCUCCUGUUGUUCCUCGCGACGUCUAGACAUUUGGACAGAUGGCAGUGUCUCUGACACCAACGCUGGUGGAGGUGGUUUUCUUGUCAUGGAAACCACUGCAUCCCAGCGGUCAGAGAUACUGUCUGGGUGUCUACCAGCUGGCGCUGUCGCAACAUCCUUCACUGCCGAAGUAGCAGCAGCUGGCCUGAGGGCAGUCUACGACCUUACCACCAUGGAGACGGACGUUGUGCUGGUCACUGACAGCCUCUCCCUCGUAGAUGCCCUCCGUGGAGACCCAUACAGGAUCAGCCCAGACACCAUUGCUGCGUUCGAUGCUCUGACAGAGGUUGCUCGGAAGGCUCAUUCCAUCAACCUUGUCUGGAUCAGCAGCCACUGCGGUGUUGCUCUCAAUGACAAGGCGGAUCGCCUUGCGCGGAAUGGAACACAGUGUGUACAGGCCCAGGUUCAGCUACCUAUCCAAGCUGCCAAGGCUUCAAUUCGGUCUGCAACCGCAUACCCCCGGCCAUUACUCAACACCAGCAAGUUCCGCAGCCCUCCGUCCCGGCAUGAGACCACCAUCCUCAAUCAGCUGCUCACUGGCCAUUGCAGCCUGCUGAAUAAGUACUUGUUCCAGAUUGAGGCGGCACCUUCACCCGACUGCACUCACUGUCCUGGAACAGUUGAUGAUGCUGCCCACCUCCUGCUAGCUUGCCCUGCCAGACACAGCAGUCGAGCAGGUACACGUCUAUGUACCUUCACAUCAGUCAGGGAGGCAAUUCUCACACAACCAUCAGAAGCUAUCCAGUUCUUGCAACUGGAGAAACUGAUCUAA